CUGAUAAUUUUAUGUAUGCUAACUUUUUCACCAAUUCGUCUGCCGGUCGCUUGCGACCAUUGCGAUGUUCUCCAUUACCGCUCUGAUUACUGUUAUCUUGCUUCGAUGCCAUUGCAGAACCGGACGUCAUUUUAUUCACCACCAAACCAUACACUCACCAGAGGACAAAAGCCACCCGGUUACAAAUUCCAAGGAAACGCGACUGCUAACUAGAUCACGCUGUGACCGUAAAAAGCAAAUGCUAGAUGCUGCGCGCGCCUGCAUGCUGCUGACAACGCCGCUGAAACUGCUGUAAACUCAAGUCAGAUAGCCCAAGCGGCUUUUUCCUACCGUGUUCACUUGGUGUGAAACAUUCAGCGUAGUUCAUAUUAAGAUUCAAUGAUACUAGAACAUGGAACAGCGUGAAAAAUGAAUCGAUAUUGUAAAAAGUAGAAUAUGUUAACAAAGGUAAUAAUGGGCUGUGAAGGAGUGAAAACAAAAAGGACUUAAGUCGGCACGACAUUUAAUGUUUUUGGAUGAAUGAGAUUUGCUACAAAUAUUUUAUAAUUACAUUUCCUCCGUUCUGAAAUUGAUACUUUGAUAGAAAUUACCGUUCCAAUCUUUAUGUAUGUUUUGUCUUCAGUAGAGGGAUAUUAUGAAAACAGAUAUUUAUUUUAGUAAAAACCAAAUAAUAAGGAGGAUGGAAAUCAAUACAAUGUAGAAGGAAGAGCGUUUAGAUAGGACUAUUAGGAGCCAUUCAGCGUUUAGAUAGGACUAAGGAAGAACUAAGGGAUCAGGAACCGUAAGAUGGAAAUGAAAAGAAGAUAAGAAUGAAAGUGAAAACGAAAAUGAUCGAAGUUCACGACAGAUGUGACAAAUGAAAAGUUCAUAGAGUGCGAUUGAGUAGAUGAAUUAGGCUAGCCUAUGAGAGUGUCUAUGCUUCAGAAUUUACGAAUCCAAAUACAUGCCAGCGGGUUGUGUAGGAAGGAGGUUGAUAACUAGGGUCCAAGAUAUUCCGGAAUGUGAAACGCAUGAACACAUUUUGUAUUCAUUUAAGUCUUCGACGAUAUUUAAGAGAGAGAGAGAGAAAGGGGAGUAUAGUGAUUAUACUACGCUAGAUAAUUUAAAUUUAUUAACUUUUGGUCAAUUAUUUAUGUACAAUUUUUAUCGUAACAGAGCAGCGUGAAGAGGAAGAAUUGUAAUGAAUUAGGACGAGAAAAUAAGGAGACAAUUUUAAAAUUAUCGGCAAUCAUUGGAACAGUCAGACGAAAUGCGCAAUAUGCGGAAAUAUCCUUAACAAUCAAAUCUGCAUCGAAAUCGAUUUGAUAGAUAGAAUAUUCACGUGUAACGUACCCUUCAUCUUCAGCACAUCAGCGGAACAAAUGAACACGGUAGGAAAAGUCGCUUGGGCUUUCUGGCUUGGUUUUUGCGGAAAUUCAGCGCAUUCACCAACUCUACUUGACAGCAAGAUUGGAGCAGCAGCAGCCAUUCUCGUUCUAACAGUUGAAGUGAGCUGGUUAGCAAUCUCGUUUCCUUGGAAUUUGUAACCCAGGUAGCCUCUGCUCUCUCUCUCUCUGGUAAGUUAAGUUUGGUGUGGCGUCCCUGCAGCCAUCUUAGAAUAAUUGGGGAAGGUGGUUUUUUCCAUUAAUUUUGUUCCAUUUUCAUUGCUUUUGUAAAACACGUUGUAAAAGUAUAGAACCUACGAUGGAACCGAACGGAGGAAAGGAUCAGAACAAUGGCAAAGGUGAGCAGCCACCUAACGAGUUUCUACAAACACUCGUUGCUUUCUUGAUCGCCAAAAACCGGGCGGAAGCGGAGCAUAAUCGGGCGGUUUUGACGACCGUGCGUGACCAGUUAGAUAGAUUUUUGCGGCGCGCAUCUAACGCAAUAACCGGUUUCACUUACCCACCGGGAAGUGAUGCUGCUGCUCCGGAACAAGAAACCAACCAGGAGCCUGAAGCGGAAGUAAAGACGAAUGAGGAUGAUCCGGUCGCGUCCACCGGGGGACGCCGUGACUCGGCGGAUUCGAUGGACUUGACUGACAUGAAAUCCGAAGUGUACGACCUUUCCGGUAUUUUCAUGGAACGUUCGGAAAACAAUUCCGACAAAUCGGACGAUCAUUAAAAGGGCGUUCGAUUUUUUUGUUUUUUCCCAAUUUAGAAAAGCUACACGAAGCCGAGCAGAGUUUCACCGGAAACAUGUAUGCGGUACAAUUGUAAUGAGUGGAUAAUAAAUAAUUUCGCGAAUUUACAAAAAUA